AUGCAGCUGCAUUUCCUUGGACGCGAAAAUGUUAUUCACAGCGAUCUAUCGUAUAACCGGACUCCCGGCAAGUCACAUGGGGUUAGUUAUGUCAACCGCCAUAAAGUUACCCAAGGACCAUCAGAAGGCGUCUCAAGCAGCAAAGAUGAAGCUGUAGUCAGAAUUGCCGGAUCGGGUAGCAAGCUCUACCUAGAUCCUCCACAUCAGCUUCAUGAACUUCAUGAGAACCAUCCACUCACAGAUAACGAAGCAACCCUCACGAUGGAUGUCAGUCUCCCUCCACAGGCUGCAGUGUACCUCCUGCUGGUAUCCCUACCAAUCCUGGUCAAUUCAAUAUACAUAGGCCACCUUCUGGCCAAACCAAUCUCCUCCCUCGCCUUUCUCUCAGGAGCCCUCCACUUAACUCUCAACGAACCCUCUCCCUACCGCAAUUACAUCACCUGGGGCCUCUUCUUCUCUCUCAUCGGAGAUUUCCUCCUAAUACCCUCCCGAAGCGAGUACAGCAUACACACCAAGUCCCAGAACCCAAACCAACCGAAGGUUGAGAAGGAAGUGUCUCUAUCGGCGUCAUUCCAGGCUGGAAUCGGUGCUUUCGCUGCAGCUCACAUAGCGUAUAUCCUUGCCUUUCUGGAAGAUACGCAAAGCAUAUCAUGGUCUGUCUUCGUGAGUGUGGCGAUGGCCUCGUUACUUGCUGCGAGAUGGCUGGGGGUAUUAUACCCGAGACCAGGAAGUGAGCUGGAGGCAAACGCCUCGCUGAUGAGAUCAAAUGUGUUGCGUCUGUCUGUGCCGGAUGAUAUGCGGCAUCUGGUGUGUUUGUAUACGUUGAUCAUCAGCUGUAUGGUUGCUUCUGCUGUUUCGACGGUACCGGUGCUGCGACUUCCGACGAGCAUGUCGAUGCAGAAUCAAAGAAGCUUGGGAGCAGUAAUGUUUGUCAUUAGUGAUUUGUUUGUUGCAAAGGAUGCGUUUAGCAAGAAAUCGGGUGAUAAGGGAGGGUAUUUCUGGCUCCAGGCUUCUGUUGGAUGGGAGCUUUAUUUCUGGGGGCAGAUGGUUCUGGCUGGUACCGUGAAUGGAGCAUAG